AUGAGUAGACAGAGAAUGGCUGCAUGGAACACCUCCUUCGUAACAGAGUUCAUCUUUUCAGGUUUGACAGACCAGCCAGGACUCCAGAUCCCUCUCUUCUUCCUGUUUCUCUGUUUCUAUGUGGUCACUGUGGUGGGAAACCUGGGCUUAAUGACCAUGAUAGGGCUGAACUCUCACCUCCACACCCCUAUGUACUUCUUCCUCUUCAACUUGUCCUUCAUAGAUUUCAGUUACUCUACUACCCUCACCCCCAAAAUGCUGGUGGGUUUUGUCUCACAGAACAUCAUUUCCUAUGCAGGGUGUAUGACACAAUUUUUUUUCUUCUGCUUCUUCGUUUUCUCGGAAUCCUACAUCCUGUCAGCAAUGGCAUAUGACCGCUAUGUAGCCAUCUGUAAGCCACUGCUAUAUAGAGUUACCAUGUCUCCUCAGAUGUGUUUAUACCUUUUGUCAGCUGUUUAUGGGAUGGGAGUUUUUGGAGCUGUGGCUCAUAUAGGAAAUGUAAUGUCCUUGACCUUUUGUGCAGACAACCUCAUCAACCACUAUAUGUGUGACAUAAUUCCCUUCCUUGAGCUAUCCUGUAAUACUUCUUACAUAAAUUUGUUCUUAGUUUUUAUUGUUGUGGCCAUUGGAAUUGGGGUGCCUACUGUUACCAUUUUUAUCUCCUAUGGUUUCAUCAUCUCCAACAUUCUCCACAUUAGUUCCAAUGAGGGCAGGUCCAAAGCCUUCAGUACCUGCACUUCCCACAUUAUUGUAGUGUCUCUUUUUUUUGGGUCAGGAACGUUUGCAUACCUUAAGCCACCCUCUAUUUUGCCUCUAGACCAGGGAAAAGUGUCCUCUGUUUUCUAUACUGCUGUGGUUCCUAUGUUCAACCCAUUAAUCUAUAGCCUGAGGAAUAAGGAUGUCAAAAUUGCCCUGAAGAAAACCUUGAGCAAAAAAGUCUUUUCUUGA